ACUAUCAUAAUCUGCUCACUUGUAUCGCGAAAUCCACUGUUCUGUUCUGAUAUUCUUUGCUCGAUUCGUCUAGUGUUUCCCGCCAUUAUCCAGGCGGGUUUCCACUUUUAUAUAAUGAGAGCUCACGCUUCAUUAUCGCGGACAGUACUUGUGCUGAAUAUGGGAACUCAACGGAUUUGCACGAUAUCGAAGGUACACGUGGCUUACAUAACACAGGGGCACCAACGGCAUAAUCCUGUAGUUAAGGGUUGGAUGGGCUUAUGAAUUUACAACGAAUUGGUAGGCCUUCGAUAUGACACUAAAUACCAGCUGGCAUACGUAUCGCAUGGUCAGGGUCUCUUCCCUCCUACCAUAAACCAUGAAUUCGCCGUCAUUCAGCGUACCCUUCAUCGAAAUUUCGAUCUUUUUCCUUGCCGCCUUUACGCUGGCUUGGGUCCUUCCACGCACAUGGCUUGGCAGUGUUUUUGUGAGAAGACGUCUACCGCCUGGUCCUCCCACAGGUUGGUUUGGGAAUUUUAGUUUGCCAUCCAGCUAUCAGUGGCUUCAUUAUGCAAAGUGGAAAGAAGUAUACGGCGACAUCAUCUAUGUCUACAUUCUGGGCAAUCCUGUCAUUGUCAUCAGCUCGGCGCAGGUGGCAGAGGAACUUUUUGAGAGGAGGAGCAGAAGAUAUUCUUCAAGGCCCAUCAGAACUAUGGUAGUCGAAUUAAUGGGAUUUGAUUGGCUAUUUUCGUCAAUGCCAUAUGGGAGGAGGUGGAAACAACAUAGAUCCCUCUUCCAUCGUCACUUUCACAGGCUACUGACAUCCGACUAUUACUCAGUUAUAACAAAGGAGACUUAUACAACUCUUCGAAAUUUGGCCAAUACACCGGAUGAUUUUGCUCACCACUUGCGCCGCACAGCCGCAGCCAUCGUCAUGAGAAUCUCGUACGGACAUGAAGUUUCUGACAAAGGUGACAUUUACGUGACGUUGGCGGAUGAAGCAAUGCAGGGUCUUGGCGCAGCAGGCAUCUUUGGCACAUUUUUGGUCGAUUAUCUACCAUCUUUGAAAUACAUUCCUGCAUGGAUGCCCGGGGCAGAUUUCAAGCGUCAAGCGUUGAUAUGGCGCAAAAAGACCAGGGCCAUGAUCGACAAACCAUUUCAGGCAGUGAGGGAACGCAUGGCGGAUGGCACUGCUAUUCAAUGUUUUGUGCAAAAGGAAUUAGAGAAGUUGCAACAGGAUGAAAAUCUGAAUCCCAACUAUGAGAACACAAUUAAAAAUGUUGCAGGCAUCUCCUAUGCAGCUGGUGCAGAUACGGUUCGCUGCAAUAUACGCGAGCUCUUUGGUGCUUACUUAUUUGAUUUACAGACGAAACGGGCGCAAAAAGAACUUGAUGAUGUUCUUGCCAUGGACCGCCUGCCAACAUUUACCGACAGAUCAGAACUGCCAUAUAUUGACUGUAUUGUUUGGGAAUGUUUACGAUGGAACCCAGUGCUCCCUAUGGGAUUAGCUCGCCUUGCAGCUUCAGAUGAUGAGUACGAUGGUUAUUUCAUUCCGAAAGGUACCUCUAUCUUGCCUAACGUUUGGGCAAUCCUUCAUGACGCCGACGUUUACCCAGAUCCAUUAAUUUUCAGUCCUGAGCGUUUCUCUGACCAAAAAAGGAACGAUGACCUUGGGAUCAAUAAACUUCCUUGGCAAGCCUUCGGGUUUGGAAGACGGAUGUGUCCUGGACGGUGGCUGGCUUACGAAUCUGUUUGGUUUACCAUAGCGUGCAUUCUAUCCGUGUACUCGAUCGAGAGAGCCGUUGAUGAAAAUGGCCUCGAGAUUGUGCCAGAAGUUGUAUACACUCCCUCCCUGAUUAGCCGACCAAUGCCCUUCAAAUCUCGUUUUAUACUUCGAUCGGAAAGAGCUGGUCAGUUAAUC